AUGUCCGCCGUCCGGGGACCUCAGCUACAAACGCCCUCCACGUCAGCCAACGACAACAUGCAUUCCGAAACGAACUACGAGGAGCCUCCCAAGCCAUCCCAAGACUUUAUCGUUCUGCGGGAGAAGGUGUCUCAACCAGUCAUAGCGGCCUUUUGCGCUGGUGGCGUUGCCGGCGCCGUCUCCCGCACCGUCGUUUCCCCCUUGGAGCGGUUAAAGAUUCUGAUGCAGAUCCAAAGCGUCGGUCGAGAUGCCUACAAGCUGUCCGUCGGCCAAGCACUGGGCAAGAUGUGGAGAGAGGAGGGUUGGAGAGGAUUUAUGCGCGGCAACGGCACAAACUGCAUUCGCAUCGUGCCCUACUCCGCUGUCCAGUUCAGCAGCUAUAACUUUUACAAACGAAACAUUUUUGAGCCGUUCCCGGGCGCCGAUCUGGCACCCCUCACUCGCCUAGUUUGCGGCGGUGUUGCCGGCAUCACCUCGGUCUUCCUCACAUACCCACUUGACAUCGUCCGCACCCGACUCUCCAUCCAGACUGCCAGCUUUGCUGAGUUGGGAGACAAACCAAAGAAGCUGCCAGGCAUGUGGCAAACUAUGAGCCACAUGAUGAAGACCGAGGGCGGCGUCUCGGCAAUAUACAGAGGCAUUAUUCCGACAGUGGCGGGCGUGGCCCCCUACGUUGGCCUCAACUUUAUGGUCUACGAGUCUGUACGGAAAUACCUGACCCCCGAAGGCGACAGACACCCGAGCGCUGCACGAAGGCUCCUCGCCGGUGCAAUAUCAGGCGCGGUUGCGCAAACCUGCACCUAUCCCUUUGACGUGCUCCGUCGCCGAUUCCAGAUCAACACCAUGUCUGGCAUGGGAUACCAGUACAAGUCCAUCACGGACGCCAUCCGAAUGAUCGUCAGACACGAAGGCAUACGAGGCCUUUACAAGGGAAUCGUGCCGAAUCUCCUGAAAGUUGCGCCCAGCAUGGCGUCAAGUUGGCUGAGCUUUGAAAUGACUCGCGACUUCCUCGUCAGCCUCAAGCCGGAGUCGGAACCCGAGUUCCUGUAG